AAGCACGUGAGGCAAGAUGGUGUAUAUAAACUCCAGUUGGAAUUGUACCUCUUCGCAUUGAAGUCAAACUACCAUCGGUCAUCCAACAGCUCACCACAACUUUUGCGCUACCUUUCAGCAGCAAAACUCUACAAACCAGACAAACCACCCCAAACAUACCAACUAUACCACCCAUCUCAACAAUGGCGCCUCCGGAUCCCUGCUUCGGACGUCGACCAAUUGGCAUCACAACCUCCAAACUCAUCGCCUUCCACCUCGGCGUCGUCCUCAUAACCUAUUCCAACGUCAUACUAGCCUGCUACUUCUUUCUCACGUACGGAGCCACAACACGCAUGCACCUCCUCGCGCAAUUCUACAACCUCGCGGUAAUUUUUCUGGUGCUCCGACUCUUUCGUACAGCAUACCUGUUUGGAUUGGAAGUUGGUAAGGAGGAGAUGGCGGUAGCAAUGAUGCGUCAGAGAUGGAGAGAGAUAUCGGAGUAGAGGGAGGACGAAACGGAUGAUGAUAAGGAGGCAGAGAGAGCUCAUGUCCAACCACGGCGCGAGAUUGGUCUCUGGGAGCGCGCUUUUCCGUACUUCGCUGACCUGAAUUGAACUGUGUACGGCCCCGUGACGCAGUUUCAUUUUGUGGUCCCUUUUCCUAGGAGUCUCGAGCUGCUCUGCGUUUCUGCCCCUUUCACUUCCAAGAUGAGUUAGUGGACUUGUUUUUUUUUUUUUUUUUUUGGUUUUUUUUGGUUUUUU